GUGUUAUCUCAUCUCAACUUGAUAAUGCGCUUUAGCAUUGGUGAAUCAAUCUCAACUCCUUCCUUUGAGCCAUCAUCGCUCACAAUUUUUGGCAAGCAGACCCAUCCUUUGGCACCCAACGCUACAGCUUUAUCGUCUUCUGACGCAUCCUGGGCCCCAUCAUCCUAUUCUCUUAUGCCGAACACUGUUCAGACCCACUCAAUUCAGUCUCAAUCGAAAGUUCCACGCAGUCUACCACUAUCCUCAAAUUCCGCCUUCACAGAAUUUCGCGCACAUUCAGAUAUGGACAUGCUAAAGAAUAAAUCGGCUAUGGACGCUUCGGUAUCUUCACUUAGCCUGCAUCAGCUGACCCCACGGCUGAUCGAGUGGGAAGUUUUGGUAUCAGGUUUACUGCAUUUGGUCGGUCAGCUGUUUCCUGUUUGCUGGCUGGACGAAUUUAGACAACAGGGUAGGCGUUAUCUUUAUGAGUAUAUAUUGAAGAGCUAA